GACGCAGCAGCCCUUUUCUUGUAAAAGCCAGCCUUCCCUUUUCCUCGUGCCAUCGAAGGAAAUGGACUUCCUUGGCUGUUUGUUUUCUUUUAUUUUUUAAAUUAAAUUCUACCGUCUCUGCAUUAAACCUAUGGCUCUAGCAGUCCUCCUUCAUCUGGAUGUCUGUGACCGCAGUGUUGCUCUGCAUUCUCUGAUGGAUUGAGAACUAAAUCCUCGUGCUAGGAUGGACACUGGGCAUAACAGAAGCAAGUGGAGGAGGACAUGCGUGCCAUACCUUUUAUUUCUCUUGACACUUUUAAGGCAAACAGAUGCAUCAACGGAAUAUAAAAACGGCACUGGAAGCAACAGCAUCCAAACAGAAACUUGUGCCGAGAACGAGUACUCGUACAAUGGAAUCUGCUGUGACAAGUGUCCACCAGGAUUUAAACUGAAGAAUGUGUGCGCAGGAAAGGGUCUGAGGUCCAGCUGUGAGAAAUGCGGUCCUGAAUUUUACCUUGACAGUACAAACUACUUCCGAAAUUGCUUUUCGUGCUCCAAGUGCAAGAAAAACGAAGUUGAGGAAUCACCAUGUACACACAAAAAAAACAGAGUGUGUGCAUGCAAGCCUGGAUACUACAGAAGUAGUGUGAAUCUUAAUACAUGGUCAUGUUCACGCUGCAAAAAGUGUGGAGCUGGAGAAAGAGUGAGCCAAGCAUGUUCCAGGAAUAACAACACAGUGUGUGAAUGCAAAGAUUUCCAUUACCGCUUAAACAAGACUACCUGUGUUUUUUGUAAAGGUUGCAGUGAGAAGUGUCGAGACCUGUGCACCAGCCCCACUCCGUCUGUUAGUCCUGAACCAGAUCCUGAACUACCAGUAGUCAUCAUUCCAAUUUUGGCCUCAACAGUUUUUAUGAUUCUUUUUAUUGCGUAUUUGAGAAUCAGACAGUGGAGGAAGAAGAAGCGAAAUCAGUCAGAAUCACCUGAUCCUGAGAAAGACACCACAGAACAGACUCAAGUGCCUACAAAAAUCAAAGAUGAGGAAAGUGUCCCACUGGCUAAUCACUCUGUGGAACAUGAGCAGGACCAAGCAUUACCAGACUGUGUCCCCAGAGAGAUCAGAACUCAUGAAUUUAUGUACUUUGUGCUGGAAGUAGUCCCUGUCAAACGUUUUAAGGAACUGGUGCGUCGUCUGAACGUGUCUGAGCAGGACAUCGACAGGGCAGAGCGAGAUAACCAUGCUUUUGCCGAUGCUCAGUACCAGAUGCUAAAGAUUUGGAGUGAUAAUGCUUCCGGAGGAGGGAAAAACAUUCUGCCACGGCCACUCCUGCAGGAGUUUGUAGACAGACUAAAGGACAUGAAUUUGAAUGGUUGUGCAGAGAGCAUCGAGAACAAGUACUCCACUGAGGCCUAAACACUCACUCACAUCACACACGAGCUAUAUGCUUACAUGCAACUCAUCCAAUCAGAUGUGCUUGCUGUGGUUCACACGAAGAUGGGAAAAAACAGGGCAUUAGUAGAGACAUUCACCAUAAUUUCCAACUAUGACGACUUAUACAUGAUUUAUGCAAACUAUUAAACAAUGCACAAGACAGUGUGGCAGAGCUGCAUUGACUCUAUUAGCUUUUAUAAAAUGCAUUAUAUUUGUGUUGAGUUUCUAAGGUGGCAUGAGAGCAUUGUAGUUUGUAACUUUAACUUACAGAAAAGCCUUUGUUGCACCAAGUGCCUUUAUUUGGAUCAUUAUCCAUUGACCACCAGCUUUGUUAUACACAUAUUUCAAAGAGGUGGAGUUUUGUAAAGGGCUCCAGUGUUUUCCUGUGGGUUAUUUAAAAAGAAUGGUCUGAAUGACUGGUCAGGACUGUACUGUAUAAAGGAACCACACUAACUUUGAGGCCACCUUGGAUUUUGUUUUUCUUAUGAACAGGGAAUUUUUUGUGCUAUGUUGUUCCUUAUAUUUUAUAACCAUUUUGUAUGUACUUCUGCAACUUGGUGAGUUUAGUUGACAACCCACAUGUACCUGCCAAAAUAAUGGAAACACUUAACAAAUGAGUGAUACAAAUUAUAUAAACACAGAUGUUUUAAAAUAGGCAUGGUGAUAGAGUUACGUCCUGUACCACCAUGUGUAUCGUUUUUUAAUCCUCUUUUCAAAAACAUUUCUGUUCUGUUGGUCAAAAAAUUCAGGUAACUGGAUGAUGCCUCUUUUGGAUGCCUGUUUUUAUAUAAUUUGCGUUGAAGCAGAGAGAUUGUGCGUUUAGGCCUACUGUACUUUUACCAUGGUUAAAGAGUGUUGUUAGGAACAAUGUGAAGCUAUAAACAGUGACUAAAUAGAAUAUAUUAAAGUACACUAAUGUGCAAUAAAUAAUUUAUUAGUAAAAUUGAUUGCAAUGAGAUAUUCUUCCAUCAAGCAAUUUAGUUCAUUAACAGUAGGCUGUGGCUGCCAAGUAACAUAUCAGUCAAAAAUAGCACAAUGUUUUUUUUACUACUUGGCUAAAUAAACCAGAGUUCAGUUGAUGGGUGCAGUCAUAUGUGUAUAUGUAGUAUUUUAGAGCAGCUUUGAGCAUAAAAUCUCUAUCAAGUCUUAGUAACGGAACAAUCCAUUUUAUUGUUUUCCUCUAUUUUGGCAGUUGCUUAGCAUUAAUGUUUCAAUCUGAAAGAUUAUAUUUUUGUAUUGACUUUUUAAUGUCAUCAAAUGAAUUCCUCCGAACAACUUUAAACUCUCGGAUUUUUUUAUGUACAGAAAAAAACAGUGUAAUACUGAUUGUUUAACUAAUUUACCAAGAGGACAUUUGAUGUGUGUAUGAUUUUUAAUCUAACGUGUUUAUGAUUUUUUUAUGUAUUUCUGUAUCAACAGGUCAUGUAUCAGAUUUCUUACCCUAUGUAAAGUUUUGUAUAAUGUCAUAAUUUCAAAGGUAUGGCUGAUUAAGUGUAUGGGUUCUGUUUGUAUAUGUAAAUAAUACCUUUAUAGAAAAACAGCAAUAGUUUGACCAAAAAUCAAAUGUACUUGCUUUGACACAUACUCAGAGUGUGGCUACCAAGAAAUGUUUAAAUUUACCCUGAUUAUAACAAGAAGUGAAAGCAAAUAGAAAUCAGUCAGCAUAAACUGUGGAGAAUGUUUCCUCAAACCUCCUGUCCAAAAUGCUUUACUUCGGUACUGAUAUUGUCGUUCAUUUUCUGACAAAAACAUAUUGCAUAAGCCAUUCUUUAAGUAUAAACUAGUAACAUUUGUAAAAAUUUCCUCAACUAAAAGCAUUACAGCACAUGUUGUACUGAACACUAACACCAGACAGUGAUUUUGAAACAAGAUCCAUGUUGAUCUUGUUAUAAAACAGGCCUGUUGGAGCAAGUGCAGGCUUGGAGCUGUCUGUGAACUCAGAUUCCUCAUUUAUUGGUCACAUGUGUGGUAGUCCAAAUGGAAAUUCUAGAUUUUUGAUCAAACUAUUCACAGUACCCUCCAGAAUUAUACUCUGUAAAUAUGAGCCUGUAAAGAGAUUUUAUUCUUUAUCAGCUUUUGAUAUUGCACUGAAAACAUUACUGUCCAGUAAGGCAAAAUAUCCAAAGAUAAAUAAAGCUUUAUAAAAAAUUUUGGCACCCCCUAGAAAUUCUUGUGAAUAAAAUGUGAUUGACGUAUA